GGCAGCACCACACCCCGCAAACGCAGGCCACCAUGUCGGCCGAUCCGCUUCAGGUUCUUGCCAGCGUGGGCAAGGGAAAGAGCACUCGCGGUGUGCUGCGGGUGAUCAUUCUCGCGCUCAUUGCCGCUGCCGCAAUUGCCAGUCGCCUGUUCUCCGUGAUACGAUUCGAAAGUAUCAUCCAUGAAUUCGACCCUUGGUUCAACUUUCGCGCUACCAAGUACCUCGUUGCGAACGGCUUCUACAACUUCUGGGACUGGUUCGAUGAUCGGACAUGGCACCCCCUGGGUCGUGUUACCGGAGGUACCCUCUAUCCCGGCCUCAUGGUGACGAGCGGCGUCAUCUACCACGCCCUCCGCGCCCUCACGAUCCCCGUGGACAUCCGGAAUAUCUGCGUCCUCCUUGCGCCAGGAUUCUCCGGCCUUACCGCGAUUGCCGCGUACCUCCUCACCAAUGAGAUGACCCCCUCGCCCUCGGCUGGUCUGCUGGCAGCCCUGUUCAUGGGCAUCGCCCCUGGCUACAUCUCUCGGUCGGUUGCUGGCAGUUACGACAACGAAGCCAUUGCCAUCUUUUUGCUCGUCUUCACCUUCUACCUCUGGAUCAAGGCGCUGAAGCAGGGCUCCAUGCUCUGGGGUGCCCUCUGUGCCCUCUCCUACGGCUACAUGGUUGCCUCCUGGGGAGGUUACGCCUUCAUUACCUGCCUUGUUCCCCUGCACUCGUUCGUCCUGAUCUGCAUGGGCCGCUACAGCACCCGGCUGUAUGUUGCGUACACCACCUGGUAUGCCCUGGGAACACUGGCCAGCAUGCAGAUCCCCUUCGUUGGUUUCUUGCCCGUCAAGACGAGCGAGCACAUGCCCGCCUUGGGCAUCUUUGGCUUCCUCCAGCUGCUCGGUUUCCUCGACUAUGUUCGCUCCGCCAUCCCCAGCCGCCAGUUUCAGACAUUCCUAUGGCUCUUUGCCGGCGCCACCUUCGGUCUCGGGCUGUUGGGCCUCGUCAUCGCGACCAGCGCCGGCUUCAUUGCCCCGUGGAGUGGCCGCUUCUACUCGCUGUGGGAUACCGGCUACGCUAAGAUCCACAUCCCCAUCAUCGCCUCGGUCUCGGAACACCAGCCGACCGCGUGGCCCGCGUUCUUCUUCGACCUCAACCUGCUCGUUUGGCUCUUCCCGGUCGGUGUCUAUCUCUGCUUCCAGCAACUCGCCGACGAGCACGUCUUCAUUGUCGUCUAUGCGCUCUUUGGGAGCUACUUCGCCGGCGUCAUGGUUCGCCUGAUGCUCACCCUCACGCCGGUGGUUUGCGUUGCUGCCGCCAUCGCGGUUUCGACCCUCCUCGACACAUACCUCAGCACCAAGUCGCUCAAACCCCAAGAGAGCCAGGCGACAGAGGGCCCUGAGAGCAAGAAGGCGGCCAAGUCCUCCGGCCUCAAGUCGACGAGCAAGCCUGUAGUGGGUGUGUACGCUCUUUGGGGAAAGAGCAUGAUGGUCGGCGCCCUUGCCGUCUACCUCCUGCUCUUCGUCCUUCACUGCACGUGGGUGACAUCGAAUGCCUAUUCGUCCCCCUCAGUCGUCUUGGCCAGCAGGUUGCCUGAUGGCAGCCAGCACAUCAUUGACGAUUACCGCGAGGCGUACCAGUGGCUGCGUCAGAACACGCGCGAGGACGCCAAGAUCAUGUCCUGGUGGGACUACGGCUACCAGAUUGGAGGCAUGGCGGACCGCCCGACGCUCGUCGACAACAACACGUGGAACAACACGCAUAUUGCGACUGUAGGCAAGGCCAUGAGCUCGAGAGAGGAGGUCAGCUAUCCGAUCAUGCGCCAACACGAAGUCGACUAUGUUCUGGUUGUCUUCGGCGGUCUCCUGGGUUACUCUGGCGACGAUAUCAACAAGUUCUUGUGGAUGGUCCGCAUCGCCGAGGGCAUCUGGCCCGAUGAGGUCAACGAGCGUUCCUUCUUCACUGCUCGCGGUGAGUACCGCGUCGAUGGCGAGGCCACCGAGACCAUGAAGAACAGCCUGAUGUACAAGAUGUCGUAUUACAACUACAACAACCUCUUCCCUCCUGGACAGGCGGUGGACCGCAUGCGGGGCGCCCGUCUUCCCGAGGUCGGCCCUACGCUCAGCACCUUGGAGGAGGCUUUCACGAGCGAAAACUGGAUUAUUCGCAUCUACAAGGUCAAAGACCUUGACAACCUUGGCCGCGACCACAUGUCAGCGGCCGCAUUUGACCGGGGCCACAAGAAGAAGAGUAAGGGCAUCACCAAGAAGAAAGGCCCGAGACAGCUUCGGAUAGAUUAG